AUGGACGGAUUUUCGGGACGGCAUCAGGGCAUAUUACCGCAUGAUGUUCAGCGCGCGAUGACGCCGGGCCUGAAGAUGGAGUCGAAGAGCACCCAGAUCCACCUGCCGCUGAUCGGCCGCGGGAGCCGCGGCGAGCUCAGCGACAAGGUGACCUUCUCGCAGGCCAAGUCGCCGGAGCAGCUCAACAACGGACAGCUCUUGGGGGGCUCCCAGAUGAACUUGUGCAACGGUGGUACCGGAGCGGCCAUGACUGGGCUGGUGCCUAAGGUCCCUAACGACUGCGGAGACCAGAAGAAGCCCAUGGCAUCCCUCACCCACCUGCCGAAGAGGCCGCCCGUCGACAUAGAGUUUUCGGACCUCUCGUACUCCGUCAGCGAGGGGAGGAAGCGAGGGUACAAGGCGCUGCUUAAGUGCAUCAACGGAACCUUCAGGUCGGGCGAGCUGACCGCCAUAAUGGGACCCUCGGGCGCCGGGAAGAGCACCCUCAUGAACAUCCUGGCGGGAUACAAAACCUCCAACGUCACCGGAUCGAUACUGAUAAACGGCAAGGAGAGAAAUCUGAGGCGGUUCCGCAAGCUGUCCUGUUAUAUAAUGCAGGACGAUUGCCUCCUGCCCCACCUCACGAUACGCGAAGCGAUGUACGUCUCGGCUAACCUGAAACUGGGGAAGGACAUGACGGUCGCCGCCAAGAAGAUAGUCAUCGACGAGAUCUUAGAAAUGCUGGGCCUGGUCGAGGCGGCAGACACGCGCACGAUAAAUCUUUCCGGCGGCCAGAAGAAGCGUCUCUCUAUCGCCCUCGAGCUGGUGAACAACCCGCCGGUGAUGUUCUUCGACGAGCCCACCUCGGGGCUGGACAGCUCGUCCUGUUUCCAGUGCAUAUCGCUGCUGAAAUCGCUGGCAAGGGGCGGCAGAACGAUCAUCUGCACCAUACACCAGCCCUCCGCGAGGCUCUUCGAAAUGUUCGACUUUCUGUACACCCUGGCAGACGGCCAGUGCAUAUACCAGGGCAAAGUCAGCGGC